AAGUUUCUUUUAAACAGGCAAUUUGAGAAGUCCGGAAGAUAUCAAUAAGUUUUUAAAAUCUAACUUGGUGGCGUCUGUAGAGGACGAGAUUCGGAAAGCCUCACAUAACCUACAGAAAUGGUUGAAGCAUCAGUCAACCAUUUCUGUAGAUUAUCCUCCUUCUAUGUCGCCCCCUAAUGCUGGAAAAUUUGAGACCGUAGGGUCUCAAAUAUCCUCCAGGGAAGGAGAGCUUAGAAGAAGGUUGAACGAAGCAAUGACAGAAACAGACUCAGAAAGUUUAUUUUCCCUGGAGAACAUUUCACCGAUAAAAAAGGGUGAAAAGAAGCAACCAGAAAGCCGAAAGAUUGUUGGAAAAAGAAAACUAUGAAGAGACUCAGACACAAACAUGCGUGCCUAAAGUGUGGUAAGAGAGUUGUCCAUAUGCGGCGUCAUAUGCGACAAGUUCAUAAACAGGAUACUUUUGAAAAAGCGGUAAAGCAAAGGCGUUACAUUGUUCGGAAAUGUAUUUUAUGCAAUAAGGCAAUUGCAAGAUUUGGUGACCAUCUUAGGAGGUCGCACCACAUCUCGAAAAGGGAACGUAUUGAGGACCUCCGUUUCCAAAGUCCACCAGUUGUGGACAACUUUACGACUGAGGAAUGUGUACCUUUGACAAUGGAGUUCUUUAUCAACGUUCGGGACUACGUGAUUUUCCGGAUCCUUAUAGCAAAUGGAAAGAGGGCAGGAGCCGUCCUUUCGAUAACGCACGAUGUUAUUCAAAAACGACAGCUAAGAGAGGAGGGAUAUAUCACGUUAAGGGUAACAAAGCAUAAGACGGACUUCAAAGGCUCAGCGAUAGUCGGCUUAUCACCCGAGCUCUGUUUUUUGUGCAAAAGUAUAUCCACCUGGCAAGGAGAUUGCCCAACUUCGUCUUCAAGAAAUUGGAUUCCAUUUUCAUUAAGUGGCCCCCGGGGGGAAGACCUCCAAAGCCACUCGUCAAUUCGGGCUAAAACAAAGGUCUCGGCAGGUUGUGGAACAAAAUAUUCGGUUUAAACAAACCGAUUUCUACAACUAGGCUCAGAAAAGCAGUUGUCACCGAAGUCAGAAAGGCUGUACCCCAUUCAAGGGAUGUGCUACUUAGGCACAUGUCCCAUGAGCCUACCAACAGCCGACAAAUAUUAUCAGAUGGCAGACAAAUCAAAGAUGGCGGUGCCCGUGUCUACACUCAUAACGGCUGUCAUGGAAGGGGAAAGUGAAGUCCUCUGGCGAAACGAUCAUCUACUGGCCUUGCCAACCCCAGGAGAGAAAUACCAUCAAGUAACAACGGCAAUUUGAGAAGUCCGGAAGAUAUCAAUAAGUUUUUAAAAUCUAACUUGGUGGCGUCUGUAGAGGACGAGAUUCGGAAAGCCUCACAUAACCUACAGAAAUGGUUGAAGCAUCAGUCAACCAUUUCUGUAGAUUAUCCUCCUUCUAUGUCGCCCCCUAAUGCUGGAAAAUUUGAGACCGUAGGGUCUCAAAUAUCCUCCAGGGAAGGAGAGCUUAGAAGGAGGUUGAACGAAGCAAUGACAGAAACAGACUCAGAAAGUUUAUUUUCCCUGGAGAACAUUUCACCGAUAAAAAAGGGUGAAAAGAAGCAACCAGAAAGCCGAAAGAUUGUUGGAAAAAGAAAACUAUGAAGAGACUCAGACACAAACAUGCGUGCCUAAAGUGUGGUAAGAGAGUUGUCCAUAUGCGGCGUCAUAUGCGACAAGUUCAUAAACAGGAUACUUUUGAAAAAGCGGUAAAGCAAAGGCGUUACAUUGUUCGGAAAUGUAUUUUAUGCAGUAAGGCAAUUGCAAGAUUUGGUGACCAUCUUAGGAGGUCGCACCACAUCUCGAAAAGGGAACGUAUUGAGGACCUCCGUUUCCAAAGUCCACCAGUUGUGGACAACUUUACGACUGAGGAAUGUGUACCUUUGACAAUGGAGUUCUUUAUCAACGUUCGGGACUACGUGAUUUUCCGGAUCCUUAUAGCAAAUGGAAAGAGGGCAGGAGCCGUCCUUUCGAUAACGCACGAUGUUAUUCAAAAACGACAGCUAAGAGAGGAGGGAUAUAUCACGUUAAGGGUAACAAAGCAUAAGACGGACUUCAAAAGGCCCAGCGAUAGUCAGCUUAUCACCAGAGCUCUGUAUUUUGUGCAAAAGUAUAUCCACCUGGCAAGGAGGAUUGCCCAACUUCGUCUUCAAGAAAUCGGAUUCCAUUUUCAUGAAAUGGCCCUCUGGGGGAAACGUCCACAGCUACUCGUCAAUUCAGGCUUAAACAAAUGUCUCGGCAGGUUGUGGAACAAAAUAUUCGGUUUAGACAAACCGAUUUCUACAACUAGGCUCAGAAAAGCAGUUGUCACUGAAGUCAGAAAGGCUGUAUCCCAUUCAAGGGAUGUUUUAUCUAGGCACAUGUCCCAUGAGCCUACCACAGCCGACAAAUAUUAUCAGAUGGCAGACAAAUCAAAGAUGGCGGUGCCCUUGUCUAGGCUCAUAACGGCUGUCAUGGAAGGGGAAAGUGAAGCAUCAAGAACUACACAACAGAUUGCUCAGACAAGCACCAUUCAAGAGAUAUCGCAGACAGGUACUGCGGAAGGAAGUUCAAACCCUAACCCUACCCCUGAUUCUGACUCUCCAAAGAAAACGACAAAAACACCAAAAGGUUUUCCACAGUUGCCGUCAGGGCCACAUAAAAGGAGAUCGUUUAGCGAAUUAGAAGUGCGAACGCUAUCAGUCCUGCUAAGCGGACUCGACUUUACAAAAGGAAUUACAAAACUGGCAGUGAUUAACAAUCUCGAAGAAUCAGAGGAGGGAAGGCUGUUCUUGCUAAAUAUGCAAAAUAAAUUAGGAUCAGAGUACCAAAAGGAAAUAUAAUUGACAGAGUAAGGACAUUGUUUAGGAAGUGAAUUUCUUGAAGUCACGGUUAGCCUUAGCAAACACUUUUUUUGUACCGUUGACUUUUCAUGUAUAAAAUUCGAUAAUCAAACUUCUUUGGAAACGUGGUACGCCAUCUUUAUUUUAUCUCAAUGUGAUUUCUCUGUGAUAUGCCGGCAGAAGUGGUACACCAUCUUUAUCUCUAAACUAUAACUCUCAGUGACAUGCUGGCAGAGGUGACUGUGUUUACAUAACUUUCAAUACUUAAAGAUUCAAGUUCAUCUAAACAAUUCCCCAAGGUCAUAUGACCAAGGUUACAGUUGAAAAAGAGGUGUCAUCAUUUUUUUGUAUAAAAUAGCAUUAACAUUUAGUAUUCAUUAUCAAGAAUUGCCAAACAUUCAAUGUGUGUAGAGCAAUGUUAAGUAUUGUAUGUGAAUAGAGCAAUGUUAAGUAUUAUUUGACAA